AUGGGCUAUGUGGCUCUCUACGCUCUGGAUUUUGCCUAUUUGGUGCAUGCUGAAUAUCAGACUUUCAAUAUCAACAUCGCUCCUGGUGCAUGCUUCUCAGGAGCCGCAGCCGCACCAACCUACACCCCCUGCUGCGACCCCCUCACCGUCGACCCCAAGUGCCCCCCAGGCGCUGUGGACACAGUGAAGUACGCCCGCUACAUCAACCGCACCAUCAAUGCCACGGUCUGUAAGGCUGUUGCGCCUGAAUCAACUCCCCUGCCUACUACCGCCAGUCCACCCGCGCCUGCUUCCCCCGCGCCUGAUCCCCCCGCGCCUGGUUUCCCCACACCCACUUCCCCAACACCCGCUUCCCCCACACCUGCUUCCCCCACACCCGCUUCCCCCACACCUGCCUCCCCAGCCCCUGCUCCCACUGCUGUAUCUCCCCUGGCUUCCCCUAACCCAGCGCCUGCUACUCCCUUGCCGCCUCCCCCUCCGCCCAAGUCGGGGGCUGCUUCUGCCGCAUCGGUUAUGUCAUUGGUGGCUCUGGCGGUUGGCGCUGCAGUGUUCUUUAAUUCCAGGUUCCUUCUGGGUUGCUUCUUAGCGUCUGUUUUGCAAGCCGCCAUGCCAGGCGCGGGGAGCGGCGGGGGAGGGGGAGGGCUGCGCGUGAGCACGUUGAAUGGCGUGAAGGUGUAUAACGUCUCGGGCGGCAAGGCCAUGCCCGAGUGGAUCUCCGACAAGAAGAAACGCGCGCUUAGGAAGGACGAAGACUACCUUCGUCGCAUCGAGCUCAUUCAGGACCUCGAGUUCAAAGUCGCCUCCACGCGGAUCAAGGCAUCUCGUGACGGCAAAUACCUCCUCGCCUCAGGCGUGUACCCCCCGCAAGUGCGGGUGUACGAGUUAGCAGAGCUCUCCCUCAAGUUUGAGCGCAAUCUGGACUCGGAGAUCGUGGAUUUCCAGGUGCUCACAGACGACUACAGCAAGAUUGCCUUUCUCUGUGCUGACCGCUCCGUGUGCUUCCAUGCCAAGUUUGGAGCUUACUUCAAGACACGCAUCCCCAGGAUGGGCCGAGGGUUGGCUUACGACCCGGCAUCGUGUGAUCUGCUGCUCGCUGCCUCCUCCCCAGAGAUUUACCGACUCAAUCUGGAGCAGGGUCAGUUUCAGCAGUCCUUGCAGUCGCGGUCGCCAGCAGUGAAUGUGAUUGGUCGCAGCCCCUCCCACGGGCUCAUUGCCUGCGGGGGAGAGGACGGCGCCUUAGAGUGCUUCGAUAACCGUCAGGCCUCGGCUGUCUCUCGCAUUGACGCCGUGGGAGCCACUGGGAACGCGGAGCAGCAAGUGACGGCAGUGCGGUUUGAAGACACUGAGGGCAUGCAUCUGGCUGUGGGCACAAGCACAGGGCAGGUGUUGCUGUAUGACCUUCGCUCCUCCAAGCCCUAUCGGAUAAAGGACCACAUGUACGGCAGUGCCAUCCACAGCAUCAAGUGGCAUCGAGGCAUAGCAGGGUCGUCCCAGCAAAUCAUCUCAACCGAUAAGCGCAUCAUCAAGAUCUGGAACCCUGCCACGGGCACCAACGUGACGAGUGUGGAGCCAACAGAACCAGGCGGCAUCAACGAUGUGUGUGUGAUGCGCGGCAGCGGGCUGAUUGUAGCAGCAAUGGACUCGCCUCGACUGCAGGCCUACUUUAUCCCCUCUCUCGGCCCCGCACCGCGCUGGUGCUCGUUUCUGGAAAAUAUCACUGAAGAGCUGGAAGAGGGUGGGGCAGCGAUGUACGAUGAUUACAAGUUCGUGACGAGAGAGGAGCUGCAUGCAUUGAGGCUCACGGAGUUGCUGGGAACCAACCUGCUGCGUCCUUUCAUGCACGGCUUCUUCCUGCACUCACGCCUGUAUCAUAAGGCCAAGUCCAUAGCUGACCCUUUUGCAUGGGAUGCAUACCGGCAGCAGAAGGUGAAGGAGAAGAUCGAAGCACAGAGAGCCAGCCGCAUCUCGGUGCAGAAGAAGCUUCCCAAGGUGAAUGCGAAGCUUGCAGCGCAGCUGAUGCAGCAGAGUGGUGGGGCCGAGGGGGCAAGGGAGGAGGGAGGGGAGGAGGAGGAGGACGAGGAGGAGGAAGGGGCGGGUGGGAAGGCGCGGAAGCAGCGUAAGGCUGCUGCGAGUGCACUGGCCGACCCUCGCUUCGCCUCCCUCUUCACUGAUCAGAGAGGGGCCAAGGAGCCAAGGUUGUACGAAGCGAGAGACGACACACAUGCAGCAGCCUUCAGAAACCGCCAAAGCCUCGCCGCCCAGAAGAAUCUGCCUCUGGAGGAGAGAAUCGCGCAGCUCCCGCAUUCGUCUUCUAGCGGUCAAGGCGCCGCCCACGGCGUUCCUGUAAGGAGGGCGGGCGGCGCAGUGGAGUUUACUGUUUCGAUGCACGCGAAUCUGUACGACAUUGUUCAGGCGCUGGACCCGAGCGUGAUGUCGCAGAUCCCCGUGGCGAUUCUGGGCGACAUCCCGCGCGACACGAUGGUGUGCGACUCGAUGGCGGUGCAGCAGCAGUGCAACCAGCUGCUCGACGACCUGUUGUGCGCCGCCACGUGCGACCCUUACGCCGGAAGCUACGUGACGGCGAACGAAUUCGUGGGGUCGACAGAGGUGGCAGUGUGCCUCAAAGAGGCUGAGGCAGUUUUCGAAGCAUGCAAGAGCAUUCUCUUCAUUUCCACCUCUAAAGGUGCGACUCUUGACCUCACGCCGUACUUCCCCGACUCGCGCACCUUCAUGACUCAAAUCGUGGGGGGCAUUCUGCGGGUCGUCAUGGGCAACGACAAGGUCCAAGUGGUGCUCUCCAGUACCAACUGCAUUGCAGGCAACACCAACGUAUACCCCGAGGCCACAUCCUGCUGCGAAACCUUCUCUUCAGUCCCCGACACAUGCACAGUCCCCAACGAAUACACCAGCCUUCUCAACCGCCCCACCCCCCCCGCCUGCCUCGCUGCCACCACCACCCCUCCCGUCGUCACCCCUGCUCCUGCCUCAAGCCCCAAUGUUCACUGCUGCUCCUCCGGCUUCCCCUAG